CGCGCCGCUCGGCGCCUGCGAGAGCCGCGGGGGCCGCCGCGAAGCCGGAGCUGGAACCCGAACCCGGAUUGGGGCGGGAGCCGGAGCCCGGGGCCGAGCCGGAGCGGGCUCGGACGCGAUGGGGUCGGUGGACUCCAAGCUGAACUUCAGGAAGGCGGUGAUCCAGCUCACCACCAAGACGCAGCCCGUGGAAGCCACCGACGACGCCUUCUGGGACCAGUUCUGGGCCGACACGGCCACGUCGGUGCAGGAUGUGUUCGCGCUGGUGCCCGCGGCCGAGAUCCGUGCCGUGCGGGAGGAGUCGCCCUCCAACCUGGCCACUCUGUGCUACAAGGCCGUGGAGAAGCUGGUGCAGGGCGCGGAGAGCGGCUGCCACUCGGACCAGGAGAAGCAGACGGUGCUCAGCUGCAGCCGCCUGCUCACGCGCGUGCUGCCCUACAUCUUCGAGGACCCCGACUGGCGCGGCUUCUUCUGGUCCACCGUGCCCGGCGCGGGCCGAGGCGGGGUAGAGGAGGACGAUGAGAAUGCUCGACCGCUGGCUGAGUCCCUGCUGCUGGCCAUCGCCGACCUGCUCUUCUGCCCCGAUUUCACCGUACAGAGCCAUCGCCGGAGCACUGUGGACUCAGCGGAGGACAUCCACUCCCUGGACAGCUGUGAAUACAUCUGGGAGGCUGGUGUGGGCUUUGCCCACUCCCCGCAGCCCAAUUAUAUCCAUGACAUGAACCGGAUGGAGCUGCUAAAACUGCUUCUCACUUGCUUCUCCGAGGCCAUGUACCUGCCCCCCUCACCCGACAGCAACAGCCCCAACCCAUGGGUGCAGUUCUUUUGUUCCACGGAGAACAGACAUGCCCUGCCCCUCUUCACCUCCCUCCUCAACACCGUGUGUGCCUACGACCCCGUGGGCUAUGGAAUCCCCUAUAACCACCUGCUCUUCUCCGACUACCGCGAGCCGCUGGUGGAAGAGGCGGCCCAGGUGCUCAUCGUCACCCUGGACCAUGACAGCGCCACCAGCGCCAGCCCCACGGUGGAUGGCACCACCACGGGCACCGCCAUGGACGACGCCGAGCCUCCAGGGCCCGAGAACUUGUUCGUGAACUACCUAUCACGUAUCCAUCGCGAGGAGGACUUCCAGUUCAUCCUCAAGGGUUUAGCUCGGCUGCUGUCCAACCCCCUGCUCCAGACCUACCUGCCCAACUCCACCAAGAAGAUCCAAUUCCACCAGGAGCUGCUGGUUCUCUUCUGGAAACUGUGUGACUUCAACAAGAAAUUCCUCUUCUUUGUACUGAAGAGCAGCGACGUUCUGGACAUCCUGGUCCCCAUUCUGUAUUUUCUAAACGACGCCCGCGCCGACCAGUCUCGGGUGGGCCUGAUGCACAUUGGGGUCUUCAUCCUGCUGCUGCUGAGCGGGGAGAGAAACUUCGGGGUGCGGCUCAACAAGCCCUACUCGGUGCGUGUGCCCAUGGACAUACCUGUGUUCACGGGGACUCACGCUGACCUGCUCAUCGUGGUUUUUCACAAGAUCAUCACCAGCGGCCACCAGAGGCUGCAGCCGCUGUUCGACUGUCUGCUGACCAUAGUGGUCAACGUGUCCCCCUACCUCAAGAGCCUGUGCAUGGUGGCGGCCAACAAGCUGCUUCAUCUUCUGGAAGCUUUUUCCACCACCUGGUUCCUCUUCUCUGCCGCCCAGAACCAUCAUCUGGUUUUCUUCUUGCUGGAGGCUUUUAACAACAUUAUCCAAUACCAGUUUGAUGGUAACUGUAACCUGGUCUACGCGGUCAUCCGGAAGCGUGGCCUCUUCCACCAUCUGGCAAACCUGCCCACGGACGCUGCUGCCAUCCACAAGGCCCUGCAGCGCCGCCGCCGCACCCCCGAACCCACGUUAUCUCGCUCGGGCUCCCAGGAUGGCUCGUUCCUGGAGGGUGCCCGGCCCACUGCCCCUGCCGAGCCGGGCACCCUCAAAACCAGCUUGGUGGCCACCCCAGGCAUUGACAAGCUCACGGAGAAGUCGCAGGUUUCCGAGGACGGUACCCUGAAGUCCCUAGAGCCCCAAGAAGGCUCAGCCCAGGGCGAGCCAGACCCCGAGGACCAGGAGCCCCCCCAGGCCUGGAGGGACCAGCGGAGACUGUCCAGCGCAUCGUCCAGUGGGCAGUGGACCCCCACGCCGGAGUGGGUGCUGUCGUGGAAGGCGAAGCUGCCGCUUCAGACCAUCAUGCGGCUGCUGCAGGUGCUGGUGCCGCAGGUGGAGAAGAUCUGCAUCGACAAGGGGCUGACGGACGAGUCGGAGAUCCUGCGCUUCUUGCAGCACGGCACCCUGGUGGGGCUCCUGCCCGUGCCGCACCCCAUCCUCAUCCGCAAGUACCAGGCCAACGCGGGCACCGCCAUGUGGUUCCGCACCUACAUGUGGGGCGUCAUCUACUUGAGGAACGUGGACCCCCCUGUCUGGUACGACACGGACGUCAAACUCUUUGAGAUCCAGCGCGUGUGAAGGUGGAACCAGG